UUGAUAUUCAGAAGCCCAAUAGAAGUUGGUGUGUGAGGAGGACAGUGUAUAGAGCCUAUACACAUGUGUACUACCACCACGGAUGGAUCUAAAUACUCCGGAUAAACCUACCAUUAGUAUGGAAAUACUGUCAUUUUUUAUUCAUUUACAGUGAAAGGAAUUUUUCUACUGGGUUUUUUGGUGUGACAAAUAUUUCUUUACAUUUUUAAUUUGUUUUGAUAAUACGAUGGAUGGAUUGAUUUACUAAAGCUACACACUGAUGCUGGAGGUUUAAUCUAAUCAUCAUCUUCAGCUUUUAAUUUUUUUUUUUUCGUUUACUCCUAAUCACCUGGAGAUGAUUAGAUGAUUAUCUGUGGAUGAUCGUCGUGAGAGACGAUGUUGUUCCGACGAGUCGAUAACAGAAUGGAGGUUGUACAUACACGUACUAAAACAAAACCAUUGGAAUUUGGUUGUUUCUCUAAUUUGUGGCGAAAUGCUAAGUUAGUAAUAAUUCUGUGGAUUUUGACUGUGGACUUUUACCAGGAAGUGGGAGCCUUGGAUUUAGUAAAAUGUUCCAACGCCCUAGGAAUGGAGUCCUGGAGGAUUCCAGACAGUGCCAUCACAGCCAGUUCAUCAUACAAGGACCAAUCUGUUGGACCAAAGAGUGCAAGAAUCCGACAAGAGAUCAGUGGUGGAGCAUGGUGUCCAAAAGAACAAAUAACCAUGGAUUCCUAUGAAUAUCUCCAAAUUGACCUUGACCAACUGACCGUCAUUACCAAGGUUGAAGUUCAAGGUCGUUUUGGCAAUGGACAGGGAAAGGAAUUUGCUGAACACUUUUUACUGGAAUACCAGAGAGAGGAUGAUGGUGAAUGGAUACGAUUCCGAGACCGACGAGGUCGAGAGCAAUUCAAUGGGAACACAAAUACUUACCUGGCAGAGGUGUGUGAGGUAUCACCCCCUAUCAUCUGCAAACGGAUCCGAUUCAUUCCCUACAGUCUCCGUACACGCACUGUCUGCAUGCGAGUUGAGCUCUAUGGAUGUAACUGGAAUGACAGUGUCGUAGCGUACACAAUGCCACAGGGAGAUAAGCGAGGAUCUGAGGUGGAUCUGUUUGAUUUUACCUAUGAUGGAAUCUUUAACGAAAACUACCUGUCUGGAGGUUUGGGACAACUGACUGAUGGAGACGAAGGGACUGGAAAUUUCCGUUUAGACCAAAGAGGUCUGGGAAUUAAAGGGUACGAGUGGGUAGGAUGGAAGAACGAUACCCAUGUAACCAUGCCCAUUGAAAUUAUUUUCAAAUUUGACCAAAUCCGAAACUUCUCAAUGGUGAUCUUCCAUUGCAACAACUAUUUCAACAAGGAUGUUCGAGUGUUCCGAAGAGCGGAGAUCUUUUUCAGUGUUGGAGGCAAAUAUUUUUCUGGGCCGCCAGUAGUUUAUGAUUUCCAGAGAGACUCAUGGAUGGAAUAUGCGCGAAAUGUGGAGAUUUUCCUGAACCACACCACGGGAAAAUAUGUCAAGGUCGUACUUUACUUUGAUGCCAAGUGGAUGAUGAUCAGUGAAGUGAAGUUUAUCUCAGAACCAGCCAAUGGCAACUUCACAAUGGAAGCUCCGCCCCCUACAACGUUCAGUCCCACUACAAGCAAAUCCAAGACCAUGGUUCAUCCCGAUAUUAGUGAUAUCAAUGUUGAUAAGCCGGAGAUUGAUGUGGGUAUAGGUAGAAAUAAGCAUAACGAUCACCCAGAAACCAAGGAAACAGCUACAAUGAAAGACGAUCACAUCGGGAUUAUCAUUGGUGCCCUGGGUGGUCUCCUACUCGUCUUCUUUGUUGUUCUUGUGACUUUCAUUAUCCGCCAUAAGAGGAUGAAGCAGAACAACAACCGUCGCAGCUUGAAACCAGUUGUCGACCGACAUAUUGCUGUGAACCUUAGUGAUCUCCAAGGCCAAACCAAUGGAAAAGUCUCCAAUGGCAAUGUCUACAAUAGCGUAGCCACUGACGACGAUGUUGAUCGAGACCUUUGCAAUGGAGGUGAAAAAUUAUGUAAGAGUCCAACUCCUUCGUGUCCAUACUCGGAUCCUAAAGAUUCAAUUCAAGGGAGGGAACUCCCUGACUUCCCGAGUUCAUCUGAAGGAACAGAUUCCCGUGACUAUGCCGUGCCCGAUGUGACCAAGUCUGCUUUGGUGGUAGCCCUUCCACCGCAGCCCCCUCAGCCUCCUUUGAGGAGCAAUGCCACCCCAAAAUCUGCUGGGGGCACACCUUCCCUCAUGACCAACUCCCUGGACAAGCCCCCGACGUACGACGCCCUGUAUGCGGCAGCUGACGUUAUCAAUAACAUGCAGGUGCCAAACAUCCCAAGUCUACAGGGUGUUAGUGGAAACAAUGUGUAUGCUGUACCCAAUGCUGAACUCCUCCUUUCUCUGGAACACUCGGUCAUGCAGUUCCCCCGAGACAGUCUUCAGUUCAUAGAAGUGCUCGGCGAGGGUCAGUUUGGCGAGGUCCACCUUUGUGAGGCCAUUAAUUGCGGGGAAUUUAUUAACGACGAAUAUUUUGGAAACCGGACGAGCUCUCGACCAGUGUUAGUGGCUGUGAAGAUGUUGAGAAGGAAUGCAGAUGACCGGGCUAGGUCUGACUUCCAUAAGGAAAUCAAGAUCAUGUCCCAGCUUAAGGAUCCCAACAUUGUGCGUGUCCUGGGCGUGUGUACACACGAGGAGCCGCUGUGUAUGAUUGUAGAGUACAUGAAGUACGGAGACCUGAACCAGUUCCUGCUGGACCAUGUACCAGAGAGCCCAGUUGCCCAGGCAACUAAUGCUAAAACACUGAGUUAUGGAUGUCUGAUUUACAUGGCCUCUCAGAUUGCUUCUGGAAUGAAAUACUUGGAAUCCCUCAAUAUGGUUCAUCGAGACUUAGCUACACGCAACUGUCUGGUGGGGACAAACUUCACCAUUAAGAUUUCUGACUUCGGUAUGAGUCGUAGCCUGUACAGUGCUGACUACUAUCGGAUAGAGGGCCGUGCUGUCCUACCAAUCCGCUGGAUGGCCUGGGAAAGUAUCCUCCUGGGUAAAUUUACCACUAAGAGUGAUGUUUGGUCAUUUGCUGUGACGCUGUGGGAAGUAUUAACCUUCGCCAAGGACCAGCCCUUCGACAGUCUGACUGACGAACAGGUGAUCGAGAAUGCUGGACAUUAUUAUCGUAAUGAUAACAAAGAGGUUUACCUACCCCAGCCUAGUAACUGCCCCAAGGAGAUCUUCGACUUAAUGUACGAGUGCUGGAACAGGAAUGAGUGCUAUAGGCCUUCCUACAGAGAAAUUCACAUGUUCUUGCAGAGAAAAAACAUGGGUUACAACCCAAAAGACGAAAUGAUGAACCAGAUCAGGGUGCCCAUUUGUUGAUCACAAUGAAUUUUGAAUACUACCUAAGAAUGUAUUCUAAGUCUGGGUUUGUCUUAUGCUUCAAGGUUGUGACCCAGUAAAAUUACUAGUCAUUCAAACUUUCCGGUGAAACGGAUUGAUCAUGUUUGGUGCAACAUGGGAAAUGUGGACUUCCUUUCAACGAAACCAAAGACAAACUUUGGUGAUUGGGAUAGGUGAUGAUUGGGCUGUCCCAACCGUAAAGAGAGGGGUGGCAGGUGAGUUGAUACCUGCCUUCAAUGACAGGUGCUAUGACCCUAUCAACAGUGGACCCUUCCUUGUGCUGUGCAUCACCGAAGUUGACACAUCAGUUGCCAUAUAUAGUCAUACGAAUGGAAUUGUGAUAAAGAUUGUGUUACGAUGAUCUGAAUUACACACGUACUCGCGUGAGUGUGUUCAUACUCACCUAUGUUGUGAUAAUGAAGAAAUCCAAGGAGAAGGAGAUAUGUAUAGUAUUACCAUGAUAGAUUAUUUAUAAAUGUUUGACAUAUUUCUGAUGAUACAGAAAUAAAUUUACACCUUCGUGCUCCAACAUAUAAGUGUAUCACAGCUACAUUUGCCUAACCAUGAGAGGGUAAGGGUUAUCUGCCCUUUAUCAACAUCAGUUAUCUGCCCUGUGAUCAUCCAGGGAAGAACAAGAGUGCUGAAAAGUGGUUAGCAACUGCAUAUUGAUUAUUUUUGAAUCAAUAAUAUUUAAUUCCAGUCACUUGCAAAGAUUUUUAUCUAACACCCAUAUAUAACCAUAAAAGUGUUCAAAAGCAUUGAGAAUGUAACUGGGUUAUGUCCCCUUGUCUGUGUGGGGAGGGGCCGAAUGAGGGUGGGGAAUUGAUUGUUUUAGUUGUGCCAUUGUCAUGUGUAUAUGGAGAACAUUAUUGAGAUAAUAGUAUUAUCUCUGUUUACAAAACAAUAAAUUAUGGGGUAGAUAUAUAUAUAUAUAUUAUUCCAUUGUGUUUAAACAAUCAUAGUGCUAAAUUGCUAUAUAUGUCUUAAUUCUGUGAAAUCAAAUGCCUUUGCAUCUUUGCAUUCUGCGAAGUUUUUUAUCAGUUUUUAUGGAACCAUUUUGCUUCUUCAUUUAUAUUGAAUAACUGUGGCUAUUUAAGACAGGAUACAAAACUGUAAGGGAUCGUUGAGAACGAGGUAUGGAUUCCUCUCGGAAGGUUCCCUAUAGAAUGGGGUGGGGAUACAUAUGUACAUUUUGAUUAUAAAGAUAAAUUUCAUCUUCUUUAUGUUGUAAUCUUCCUCCCUUAUUGUUAAUUGCUUGAUAAAAAUAAAUGAUUAUUUGUAAAAUUUAAAAGGUGCAAUAUGUUUAAUAUUAUAUAAUGCUGAUGUUUUCAUUAUUAGUGAUGCCAUUGUAAAGUCAAGAAAACAAUUCUAUUUUUUUCAAUUCUUCGUUACCAUUGACCAAAAAAGUGUGACAUUUUGACCAUAUGGACAAUGAUCUCUGUUAUAUUUAUGUUUAAACUGGAGUGGUCCCCCUUGCCCAAAAUAUUUUACAUGCGGAAAUUAUAUUGUGAUCAAUGAUCACACAUUUACAAAUUUAUUAGAAAAUAAUUUCAAAAAUCUUUAAUUUGAAUUCUGUG